CGCUAAACUCCCAACUUCAACUUUUUUUUCUUCACCCUCGGAUUCCAUAUAUCUACGACCGAGUCAAUUUCUAAACAAAGCAACAAUGACAGACUCAGUAAAGACAAAUACACAAUCAGAAGAGACCCCGUCGGUCCUGCCAACAAAGAAUCUUGGUAUCCGAAAGAACGGCAAACAGUGGAAGGAGAUCAAGGAGCCGAAGCGGAUUAACGGGUUGGGAACAAAAACUGCCUGGGCGCAGCGAGAGAAGAAACGCCAAGAUCUUGCGCUGCUGAAAGCUGAGCAGAAGCUUCUCCAAGAGGAGAAGCAGGAAGCUACAAAGGCGCGAAUCGAUCGGAUAAAGCAAAAGAGAGAAGAAAAAGAAGAGAAAGAGCGGUACGCGAGACUGAGCGAGAAGAUGCACAAGAAGCGCGUCGAGAGAUUGAAACGCCGUGAGAAACGCAAUAAGUUGUUGAAGGAGCGUUAAAUCAUCGCUAUGUACUCUAAAGGAAUAUAAUAAACGGAUUCUACUCUCAAGAUAGAGGAAAAGAGCU